UUUCUCGCAUUUCGCAAUUUGAACUCUCUCUCUCUCUCUCUCGUACUCUGUUUUGAAAGCUUCAAUUUGUUUCAGAAUCAGAAACAAUGAAGUCGAAUACAGCAGAAUCAAUGGAGACUGGUUUCUUGGGAAGCAUAUCUGCCUCUUCCUUCCGAAACCUCCUUCCUCGAUCCAUCUCUUCUAAGAAAAAACUAAUUUCCUCCUUUUCUAAGAAGCUUCCGCAUUCAAAUUCUGAAAAUAUGCCUCCUAUUGAUCCGAACAUUCCUGUCAAGGACGACCGGAUUUCCACGACCAUUUCCAAGUCCGGUGUCCGGAAUUCUCCUCACGAUGCUUUGCCUCCAGAUUCCAAUCUUGAUCUGAAGGAUGAAGUUGUCCAAUCAGACGGCCAGUAUGAAGUUCCUACCCCUACUUAUCAGCCGAUUAAGGUUGUCGUGAGAAUUAGACCUAAUGAUAGAGAGAAGGAAAUGGACAGGACGGUGAAGAAGAUUUCUUCAGAUGAAUUGACAUUUCAGGACCGUAAAUUUUCAUUCGAUUCAGUUUUCGAUUCAGAUUCGAAACAGGAAGAUAUCUUUUCGAAGAUCGGAAUUCCGCUAGUGAAAGAUGCGUUAGCUGGUUAUAACACUUCCAUCAUGUCAUAUGGUCAGACGGGAAGUGGUAAAACAUUCACAAUGUGGGGUCCCCCGAGUGCCAUGGUUGAGGAUCCUUCACCCUUUAGUAACCAAGGCCUUGCUCCUCGCAUCUUUCAAAUGCUGUUUUCAGAGAUUCAAAAAGAACAAGAGAACUCUGAAGGAAAACUGAUAAAUUACCAGUGUCGUUGUUCUUUUGUUGAGAUAUUUAAUGAACAAAUUGGGGAUUUGCUUGAUCCUUCCCAGAGAAACCUUAAGAUUAAGGAUGAUGCAAAGAAUGGACUGUAUGUGGAAAAUGUCACAGAGGAAUAUGUGACAAGCUACGAUGAUGUAACUCAGAUUCUUAUCAAGGGACUUUCAAGUAGAAAAGUCGGAGCUACCACUAUAAAUUCUAAGAGCUCUAGGUCUCAUAUUGUGUUUACUUUCAUCAUUGAGUCAUGGUGCAAGGAAACUUCAUCCAAGUGUUUUGGUAGUUCAAAGACGAGCAGAAUCAACCUUGUUGAUCUUGCUGGAUUAGAAAGGAAUGUAAGCGAUGCCAUGGGUAGACAAUCCACAAGGGAAGACAAGAUUUUGAAGAAGUCUAUGUCACGGCUCGGGCACUUGAUCGAUUCACUAGCUAAAGAAACUGAAUUAAGAACAUCUGAAGAGCGUUUGUACAGAAGCUCCUGCUUGACCCAUUUAUUAAGAGAGUCAUUUGGUGGCAACGCCAAGCUCACAGUUAUUUGUGCUAUCUCUCCAGAUAACAGCUUUUCAGGUGAAACGUUAAGGACAUUGAGAUUCGGACAACGAUUGAAAUCAGUUCAGAAUCGACCAGUCAUAAAUGAAAUAAAGGAAGAUGACGUAAAUGAUCUGAGUGAUCAAAUUCGUCAAUUAAAGGAAGAACUUAUAAGAGCAAAUACCAACUCAGGAAAGUCAGUUCCAAAAACUGGCUACUUUCAAGGGCCUAAUGUACGAGACAGCCUGAAUCAUUUAAGAGUUAAUAUCAAUCGCUCUCUGAUUUUGCCAAGCAUUGAUAAUGACUCAGACGAAGAGGUUAAUUGUAACGAGGAAGAUGUGAUGGAAUUGCAUCAGCAACUGGAUAAGGUCCAUAGCUUUUCUGAAGAUAGCUCUGAUAAUAGAGAUUCACUUCAGUUCUCCUCCGUAGAAGAAAGUUUUGCUUCAUGUUCAAUGAGUGAUGAUGAAGUAAGUUAUCCCCAAACAAUUGAAGAAAUAAACCCAGAAGAAAUUUUUCAUGAUUCCAAGGUUCCUGAACCUGUGAACAAUCAGAGGAGUAUUUCUGUCAGCUCAAUAUGUCACUUCCCUAAUCUUGAAGAUCCACCAUUGUCUGAGUCUCCGAAAAUUGGAAAUUCUCAAAGGAAAAGUUUGGUCGUUGCACCUAGUUUCGCUGACCACCAUGAAAAGAUGUCAGACAGCUUUAAGUUUAAUAAAGAUGUACUGAGGCAGUCAUUGAGUCAGAGUAAGAACAUCAGAUCCUCCCUGCGAUCGAGUAAUACAUUUGAAGAUCCUACUGAGUCAUUGGCAGCUAGUCUUCAAAGAGGUUUGAAGAUAAUUGAUUAUCACCAGCAAAGCUCAGCAUUAAACAAAUCUUCAGUAUCCUUUUCCUUUGAACAUCUGGCACGAAAAUCAUGUCCAGAAGUCAACAAACCUGUACCAUCUCUUCAAACAUUGGAAGAAGAUAACCCCAUCGCUAUAUCUUCUCCCCAUCAGCUUUGUUCAUCUUGUCAAAGAAGAAUCACCAAGAAUGACAAUAGUUUAGUCCUGAGUAGCUCCAAGGAACUCGUAGGAUUCAACGAGGGAAGGGAUCUUGCGAAGCAGAAGAGUGAACAAGAGAAAUGUGAAAUAAAGGAAGUGCAGGAGGUUCGGGACAAUGAGAAUAAUGGCUUCAGUGAUGUGUCUGAGAAGGAAGAACUUGUUAAAGAAAUCCAAAAUUUAAGGAGUAAGCUGCAGGCAUUUGCUGAUGUUUCAACUAACAAGUCAACUGACAAGCUGAGGUCCUCGCUAUUGUUGUCACGGUCCAUCCAACUAAGAAAAAGCGGUCUAGGAGGAGGAGGAGGAGGAGGUUGUCAAACUAUUAACGAGGAGGAACUUGAAAAGGAAAGGGAGAGAUGGACAGAAAUGGAGAGUGAAUGGAUUUCAUUAACUGAUGAACUGAGAGUCGAUUUGGAAUCCAUUCGGCGGCGUGCAGAGAAGGUGGAGAAUGAACUGAAUUCAGAGAAGAAGUGCAAUGAGGAGCUGGAGGAUGCCCUUCACAGAUCUGUUCUUGGACAUGCUAGAUUUGUUGAGCAUUAUGCUGAAUUGCAAGAGAAAUAUAAUGAGUUGGUGGGAAAGCACCGUGCCAUCAUGGGAGGGAUAGCUGAGGUUAAAAGGGCUGCACAAAAGGCUGGUUCCAAAGGACAUGGUUCUCGCUUUUCUAAAUCCCUCGCUGCUGAGCUUUCAGCUCUGAGAUUUGAGAGGGACAGAGAGAGAGAAUUAUUGAAAAAGGAAAACAAAGGCCUCAAGGUUCAACUUAGAGACACUGCUGAAGCUGUCCAUGCUGCUGGGGAACUUCUUGUUAGGCUUAGAGAAGCAGAACAUUCAGCAUCAGUUGCAGAGGAGAACUUUACAUCAGUUCAACAAGAAAACGAGAAGUUGAAGAAGCAAAUGGAGAAACUCAAAAGAAAGCAUAAGAUGGAGAUGAUUACAAUGAAGCAGUACCUUGCAGAGAGUAAAUUGCCAGCUUCUGCUCUCGAACCACUAUAUCAUCAGGAUCACUCCGACCUUGGAAACGACAAGAGAGCAUCGUACGUAGACGACGAUCAAGCUUGGAGAUCAGAAUUUGGAGCUAUAUAUCAAGAGCAGCACUACUAACAUUAUCCAGUUUGAACCUACUUUGGUUUUGUACAAAGGGGGAGGGGCUGCUGCAUCAGAAGAAGAGAGAACCCUACUUGGGUCAUGUGAGAUUGAUUGAUUUAUGUGUCAUUAUUUGCUUUUGGUAUUGGUUUUCCAUUGUGUAUUGUAUGGAUGAGAUGAUUCUUUAAUUAUUAGUAUAAUUUAUUCAAAGUUCCACAAUAUA